AUGCAAAUGAGAAUCUUGCUGCUGACUCUGGCCCUGACGCUGGGGAUCAACAUGAUGGCAACAGGAGAGCCGCUUCACGCUCAGUGCAGAGUCAUCUGGCUCUUUGGGAUCCCAUGCCAGGACGUUUAUGUGAGUUUGGUGAACCAGAUCAAGGCCUGGAAAGGCAUGUCAGGCUGUAUGACCGUUGGGCAGAGAUGCCUGUAUGAGCUGGUGUCUGCCACACCUUUCCACAUCGUAGGCAAACACACCAACAGACAGUGGACCAGCAAGGAGGAUCUCAACUUUCACCUGGUGUCGACCGAAGAAUCUGUUUGUAGAGUGACGGGAUUUUCUAUCUCUAAAGCGUGGGCCAGAGUGGAAGACAAUGGCAUCACAUACUGCACUCUCUACAACCUCAUCGAGGGCAGCGGGCUGGUGGAAGCUGCGGGUUAUAAGCAGUACACCAAUGAGUGGAUUUGUCUGGACUACUCGACUGCCAACUGCACCAUCUACUGAUGAGAUCUGUUGGUCUUUGAUAUGAUUUAAU